GUGGUACCGACUGCGAUACUUUGACCUGUACUUUUCACCAUCGGCUUUUUCUUAGUAUUUUGGAAAACAAACAAGCUUAAACUUUUUGUAAGGAUGUAUGUCAGAAUGAAAGCUUUGAUCCGCGGUGCCAGAGUGUGUGUGUUCGCUCGGUGCUCACUGAACACGUGUGUGAGUUUUGGUGAGAAUCAGAGAAACACACUGAGCUGCUCUCAGAGCUGCAAGUGUUUCAGAGCGGAUCUGAGCUGUGCCAAGAGAUUUUAUUCCUCAGAGCACAAAACAGUGAGAGUGGGCUGUGCCUCGGGGUUCUGGGGUGAUACUGCUACAGCAGUUCCUCAGCUUAUACACGGUGGGAAGCUGGACUUCCUUGUAUUUGAUUAUCUGUCGGAAAUUACCAUGUCCCUCCUCACAGCAGCGAAAGCUAAGACUCCUAAUAUGGGAUACGCGCCUGAUUUCGUUCUUGCUGCUAUUUCUCCAUUUAUCAAGGAAAUCAGCCAAAAAGGUAUUCGUGUGGUUAGUAACGCUGGUGGUGUGAAUCCUCUCGCAUGUGCAGCUGCUGUACAAGAAGUGGUACAGAAAGCAGGACUCAGUUUGAAGGUUGCCAUGGUAACUGGUGAUGAUCUAAUGCCACAGAAAGACUCUCUGAAUAUGUUGAAGAUGGUUGAUAGACCAGAAACCAAACCCCUUCCUAAAACCGUACACAGUAUGAACGCAUAUCUGGGUGCUGUCCCCAUAAAGCGCUGUUUGGAUCUCGGGGCUGAUAUCGUCAUUACUGGCCGGUGUGUUGACAGUGCAGUGGUGCUCGGACCUCUGAUGCAUUCAUUUGGCUGGGAUCAGAAUAACUUUGACCUCUUGGCUGCUGGAAGUCUUGCAGGUCACCUGAUAGAGUGUGGAGCCCAAGUGACCGGGGGUAUUUUCACUGACUGGCACACGGUUCCUGACUGGGAUAACAUGGGUUUUCCAGUGAUCGAAUGUUCCUCUGAUGGCUCCUUCACGUUGUCCAAACCUCCCAGAACUGGUGGUCUGGUGUCAUUUGGUACCGUAGCAGAACAGUUAGUGUAUGAAAUCGGGGAUCCGCGUCAUUACCUCCUGCCUGACGUCACAUGUGACUUUUCACAUGUCACCAUCACUGAGAUUCCAGGUGUUGAAGGAGGAGCAGUGAGAGUGGGUGGAGCCAAAGGAUCACCACCAUCAGGUGACUACAAGGUCUGUGCCACAUACAUGGACGGUUUCAGAGCGACAGCGGUUUGUCCUGUUGCCGGUCCUCGAGCAGCACAAAAAGCCAGAAAGACUGCAGAGAGCAUUAUCAAAAGGACAAGACGAAUGUUCAGACAGCUGGGACUGGAGGAUUACAGCGACGUGAAUAUUCAGGUUCUGGGUGCUGAGGAUCUGUACGGACCACACGCAGUCAAAACCGAACUUCGGGAAGCAGUGCUGUGGAUGGCUGUCUAUCACAAGCAGAAGAAAGCUCUUGUGUUUUUCUCCAGGGAAGUGGCUCCAGCAGGAACUGGCAUGGCUCCUGGGCUCACAGGAAUCGUGGGAGGCAGACCUCGAGUGUCCCCCGUGCUGAAGCCUUUUUUCUUCCUACAUCCUAAAGCAGACCUGAAGGUGAACAUCCAUUUUAACGGAGAGUUGAUCGAGACGUACAGAGAGACGGCGUGUUCUUCACCUGAAGGACUUUACGCUUCCUCUCACGUCCCAGAGCAAAAUCUUCAUGUUCCAACAGACUUGCCCAGUGGUCCUCACAGUUACAGACUUGAAGACUUGGCUUAUACGCGAAGUGGAGAUAAAGGAGACUCUGUAAAUAUCGGAGUUAUAGCAAGACAUCCACUUUACUUUCCGUACCUGAAGAAGGUUUUGACUGCUGAAGUGGUGCAGAAAUUCUUUCAGCACCUGAUUAAGAAGGAAGAGAGUGACGUGCCAUCAGUGACUCGGUUCGAGUUGCCUGGUGUUUGUGGUUUAAACUUCCUGAUACACAAUUCACUUGGAGGGGGAGGGGUGGCAUCUUUAAGAAGUGACCCUCAGGGAAAAGCUUAUGGACAGAUGUUUCUGGACUACAGACUGACCGGACUCCCUGAUCUCACCUCCCUGGUAGACUGAUGAUUUGAGGAAAUAUAAUAUACAUGUUUCAGGUGAUUCUCAGUGUGAACUGAACACCACGAGUUAAUCAUUUUCUAUUUGUAUUUUGAAAGUCUACAUGGAGCUGAAACGGCAUCAGAUGCCUUCAGUCUUUAUUACGAAUGCAAAUGAAUUAUUCCUCAAAAUAAAAUAUUUGAUGUUAAACUCCACCCUCAAUCACAUUAAAUAUGUUCAUAAUGAAGGAUUUGUGAUGAGUGAUUCUGGUGCUAGUUUGAUGAUUGGUGCUGUAUUUUCAUUAUUUCUACAGUUACACUAAAGUUUACUGGGAGCAAAAAUAUAUAUGUAGCAAUAGUGGUCACGUUUCACUGUUAGCUCCUCAAAACAAAAUGUCUUUUCUUACAUUUCAUUUCCCAUGAAACGUUAAUGACCCAUCCAGCAUAGACUCAAAACCCCAGAAUGUCAUGCAGCAUACAGCGGAGACUCAGCUUGGAGAGUGACUUCCCAAAGUUCCCCUCAGGAUCAAUAAGUACAUCUAUGAGUGUGUUAUCAGUAUGACAGAUGAAGCUUUGGAAGCUGCUGUGUUUGAGCCACGUGUACACACGAGGAAGUGAGAGCUGAACAGAGUGAAGCACUAAAACGCUGCUGCAUCACUCUCUUUAUGUUGACAUGAAGUGAGGGAUAAACCCUGCUGCAUCUCUAUCAGAACGGAAUUGUGGGGAAUGUAGGAAACUGUUAUCCAGCGUGUACAGUGCCUUGCAAAAGUGUUCAUCCCCCUUAGUGUUUGUCCUGUUUUGUCGCAUCACAAGCUGGUAUUAAAAUAGAUUUUUGGGGGGUUAGCACCAUUUGAUUUACACAACACGCCUACCACUUUAAAGGUGCACGUUGUUGUUGUUUUUUAUUGUGACAAACAAUAAUUAAGAUGAAAAAAACAAAUCUGGCGUGUGCAUAGGUAUUCACCCUCCUCAAAGUCAAUACUUUGUAGAGCCACCUUUUGCUACAAUUACAGCUGCAAGUCUCAUGGGGUAUGUCUCUCUUCGCUUAGCACAUCUACAGCGGUGCUUGAAAGUUUG